UGUUGACCUUAAAGUUUUAUCAAAAACUGAUUCCGAAAUUAAAAAAAGAUUAAAAGCUGUACUUGAAAACAAAAUUUAACUAGGUUAUUGUUGAUGCAAGAAAAAGAUAUAAUUUGUACAUAAUGUCUGAAUCAUCAUCUAAAUCCAAGUCUUUGAACCUGAACCCCGCUCCUACACUGCAAUGUAAAGAUCUACAUGAAUAUCUCAAAAGUCGAUCACCACAGUUUUUGGAAACAUUAUAUAACUAUCCGACUAUAUGUCUAGCAGUUUAUCGUGAGUUACCAGAGCUUGCUAGACACUUUGUUAUUCGUCUCCUGUUCGUAGAGCAACCAGUUCCACAAGCUGUUGUAACAUCAUGGGUGUCGCAGACUUAUGCUAGAGAGCAGAGUAAAGCAUGUGAAGCUCUAUCAGAGUUAUCAGUGUGGCAGGAGGCGCCAAUACCAGGUGGAAUGCCAGGAUGGAUGCUAUCCCAGUCAUUCAAGAAGAAUCUAAAAGUAGCUUUGUUGGGAGGAGGCCGCGCGUGGAGCAUGUCCAUGUCGCUGGAACCGGACGGGCGCGCGCGAGAUGUGUCGUUCCUGGAUGCCUACGCGCUAGAGCGGUGGGAGUGCGUGCUACACUACAUGGUGGGCAGCGCGCAAACCGAGGGCAUCAGCGCCGAUGCCGUGCGCAUCCUGCUGCACGCCGGACUCAUGACCAGGGAUGCUGAAGAUGGCUCUGCAGUUAUAACUCGGGCUGGUUUCCAGUUCUUACUAUUGAGCACAGCUAAACAGGUAUGGUUGUUCCUGCAGCACUACCUGCAGACGGCGGAACGCCGCAGCCUGAGUGCAGCCGAAUGUCUCGCCUUCCUCUACCAGCUCAGUUUCAGCACGCUCGGGAAGGACUACAGUACAGAAGGCAUGAGCAACAAUAUGCUUGUGUUUUUGCAACAUUUAAGGGAGUUCGGUCUGGUCUACCAGAGAAAGCGAAAAGCGGGUCGCUUCUACCCGACUCGCCUCGCCCUGAAUAUAGCGAACGUGCGGGGGGAUGGCGGCCCGGAAUUCUCGCUACAGGGGGCCGGCGCCCCCAGCGGGUACAUAAUAGUGGAGACCAACUACCGCGUUUACGCGUACACGCAAACCACGCUCCAGGUCGCCCUGCUAGGACUCUUCACCGAGCUGGUCUAUAGGUUCCCUAACCUAGUGGUGGGCGUGGUGACGCGAGAAUCAGUGCGUCAGGCGUUGCGCGGCGGCAUCACCGCAGACCAGAUCCUGCAUUACCUUCACCAGCACGCUCAUCCGCAAAUGUUAAAAAGUGAAACUGGCGGUAUCCGUUCUACAUCGUUACUGCCCCCCACCGUGGUGGAUCAGAUCCGGUUGUGGGAGGACGAGAGGAACCGGUUCACGUACACGGAGGGCGUCGUCUACAAUCAGUUCUUGUCACAGGCGGACUUUGUGGUCCUACGCGACUAUGCCAAGCAGCAGGGCGUGCUCACGUGGCAGAGCGAGCGCGCCAGAACCAUGGUGGUUACUCGCGCAUCCCACGACGACGUCAAGAAGUUCUGGAAGCGAUACUCCAAGACAUCGUAAUCGCAUGAGCUGGACAAACUAGCAGGCCCGGUUUUAUUUUUUUUAACCGGGUGUCAAAAUCUUCAUAUAGCCCCUCCCCACAUGAGGUGGGGAUAUA